AGCUCGGGGCCGAGUGCGCGCCGCCUCGCCGCCCGGAGCCGCCCGCGCCGGAGGAGGAGCCGCCGCGCCUUCCCCUUCCUCCGCUCCUCCCCGCCCGCACCCCCGCGCCGGCCCCGCCAGCACUCGCGAGCAGCGGCGGCCGCGGCCGGCGGCCGAGUCGGGAGAAUGCGGCGGCGCUCGCGGAUGCUGCUGUGCUUCGCCUUCCUGUGGGUGCUGGGCAUCGCCUACUACAUGUACUCGGGGGGCGGCUCCGCGCUGGCCGCGGGCGCCGGCGGCGGCAGGAAGGAGGACUGGAAUGAAAUUGACCCAAUUAAAAAGAAAGACCUUCAUCACAGCAACGGGGAUGAGAAAGCACAAAGCAUGGAGACCCUCCCUCCAGGGAAAGUGCGAUGGCGGGACUUUAACCAGGAAGCUUAUGUUGGAGGGACAAUGGUCCGCUCCGGGCAGGACCCCUAUGCCCGCAACAAAUUCAACCAAGUGGAAAGCGAUAAGCUGCGGAUGGACAGAGCCGUACCUGACACCAGGCACGACCAGUGUCAGCGGAAGCAGUGGCGGGUGGAUCUGCCGGCUACCAGCGUGGUCAUCACGUUUCACAAUGAAGCUAGGUCGGCCUUGCUGAGGACAGUGGUCAGUGUGCUUAAGAAAAGCCCACCCCACCUCAUAAAAGAAAUCAUCUUGGUGGAUGACUUCAGCAAUGACCCCGAGGAUGGGGCUCUCUUGGGGAAAAUUGAGAAAGUACGGGUUCUCAGAAAUGAUCGGCGAGAAGGCCUGAUGCGCUCUCGGGUCCGGGGGGCCGAUGCGGCCCAGGCCAAAGUCCUGACCUUCCUGGACAGUCACUGCGAGUGCAACGAGCACUGGCUGGAGCCCCUGCUGGAGAGGGUGGCAGAGGACAGGACUCGGGUUGUGUCGCCCAUCAUCGAUGUCAUUAACAUGGACAACUUUCAGUACGUGGGGGCGUCCGCUGACUUAAAAGGCGGUUUUGACUGGAACUUGGUGUUUAAGUGGGAUUACAUGACACCUGAGCAGAGGAGAUCCCGGCAGGGGAACCCGGUCGCCCCCAUAAAAACCCCCAUGAUUGCCGGCGGGUUGUUCGUGAUGGAUAAGUUCUAUUUUGAAGAACUGGGGAAAUAUGACAUGAUGAUGGAUGUGUGGGGAGGAGAAAACCUGGAGAUCUCAUUCCGCGUGUGGCAGUGCGGUGGCAGCCUGGAGAUCAUCCCCUGCAGCCGCGUGGGACAUGUGUUCCGGAAGCAGCACCCGUAUACUUUCCCUGGUGGCAGCGGCACUGUCUUUGCCCGGAACACCCGCCGGGCAGCAGAGGUCUGGAUGGAUGAAUACAAAAAUUUCUAUUACGCAGCAGUGCCUUCUGCCAGAAAUGUUCCUUAUGGAAAUAUCCAGAGCCGAUUGGAGCUUAGGAAGAAACUUAGCUGCAAGCCUUUCAAAUGGUACCUUGAAAAUGUCUAUCCAGAAUUAAGGGUUCCUGACCAUCAGGAUAUAGCUUUUGGGGCCUUACAGCAGGGAACCAACUGCCUGGACACUUUGGGACACUUUGCUGAUGGCGUUGUUGGAGUUUAUGAGUGCCACAAUGCUGGGGGGAACCAGGAAUGGGCCUUGACGAAGGAGAAGUCGGUGAAGCACAUGGACCUGUGCCUGACAGUGGUGGACCGGGCGCCCGGCUCGCGCAUAAGGCUGCAGGGCUGCCGGGAGAACGACAGCAGACAGAAAUGGGAACAGAUUGAGGGCAAUUCCAAACUGCGGCACGUGGGCAGCAAUCUGUGCCUGGACAGCCGCUCGGCCAAGAACGGGGGCCUGAGCGUGGAGGUGUGCAGCCCCGCCCUGUCUCAGCAGUGGAAGUUCUCGCUCAACCUGCAGCAGUAGGAGAGCCCGGAGGCCUGGGCCGUCCUGUCUCCUGCGCCCGCGGGCAGAGUUUGAUAAUCACAUUAUCAAUUAUGUUUCUUAAACUUUCCGCGAAACUAUAUACCUCAGUAUUCCAUCAUGGUCUGAAAGUCGGAGAACUUCUGCGAGGUCUGGGGACUGGGCGGACAGAGGCGGCAAGGAAGACAACUGCCCUCCUCCUCGCACAGGUGCAGCCAGGCUCCUUCCCGAGGCCGCCACCACCCCUCCUCCCUGCCAGCUUCUGCAAGCAGAGUCACCCCCCAGCGACUGCGUGGACGGCAGAGAAGCGCCAACACGUGCAGGUGGGGGAGGGGGAGGGGUGUGGUUGCCACAUCACAGCGAGGAGAACUCUUUGGAAAUCUCUAUUUUUGCUCCCGUCGGAAUCCUGUGUGGUGUCCCUGACACCAAGUCAUGUCACUUUGCAGGUUUACGUCGUAUCCCUGUCCCCGCUCCUCCGUUCCCAACCGUCUUCCUAGCACAGACCCCUCUUCCACAUGAUGUACUUGCUAUAUUUGAAUAUGAACUUUUCUAUCGGGGGACACUAAAUAUAAAUAUAUAUAUAAAGAAAGAACGUACUGUCAGUUCCCUAUGGUUUCUGUAGGUCGUCCUCAUCUUGUAAAUUCUCCAUGAAGCAGGUCGCGGCCGGGAGGCGGCGGCCCCGGAGCCCUCUGGGGUGGGCCCCC